CAAAUUGAUCCGAAUACACUGAAGCCUCCUGGUCAGACGAAUUUAUCCCAAUCGGAUGAAGAUCACCUUGGGGUUUAAGGGCUGCCGGAGUUGGAAAGUGUCCUGGGAGAGGGCCACCGAGGGGCUGCAGGGAGGCAGCGCCGCCGAGCUCCGGCUCCCGCUCCGGCUCCCGUUCCCCAGCAGGAGCGUCUCCAGUUCGAAGUGGGGCCGUGGCUCGCAGCUCUCGCUCUCCGUCCCUCUAUGUAUCUCCGCCCGUACCAGAGCACACCCGGACUGCGCCCGGCCCAACCCCAGCAGCCGCUCGGGCGCCAGGCAGCCGGCCCUGCGCGCUGCCAUGGAACAGACUUACGGAGAAGUGAACCAACUGGGCGGUGUUUUCGUCAAUGGGAGACCUCUGCCCAAUGCAAUCCGACUUCGGAUCGUGGAACUGGCCCAGCUCGGCAUCCGACCGUGCGACAUCAGCAGACAGCUCCGAGUGUCUCACGGCUGUGUGAGUAAAAUACUGGCGAGGUACAACGAGACUGGUUCCAUCCUCCCCGGAGCGAUCGGAGGGAGCAAGCCCCGAGUCACCACUCCGAAUGUGGUGAAGCACAUCAGGGACUACAAACAAGGGGAUCCGGGCAUCUUCGCCUGGGAAAUUAGGGACAGACUCCUGGCCGAUGGAGUCUGCGACAAAUACAACGUGCCUUCGGUCAGCUCCAUCAGCAGGAUCUUGAGGAAUAAAAUUGGGAACCUGUCCCAGCCUAACCCUUACGAAGCCACCAAACAACCUCCCCCACAACCGGCACUGCCUUACAAUCAUAUUUACCAGUACCCUUACCCCAACCCCAUGUCACCCACUGGGACCAAGAUGGGGAAUCAUCCCGGAGUUCCUGUUUCCGCGGGACACGUCAGUAUCCCCAGGUCCUGGCCCUCUGCUCAUUCUGUCAGCAACAUCCUGGGCAUUCGAACUUUUAUGGAGCAAACAGGGGCACUGUCGGGGACCGAGGGCUCUGCCUACUCCCCCAAAAUGGAAGACUGGGCCGGUGUGAAUAGGACGGGUUUCCCAGCCACACAAGCAGUGAACGGGAUUGACAAAGCGGUUAUGGAAGCAGACAUCAAAUACCCACAGCCCACUCCGAGUCUUUCCACCGUGGGCAGCUUCCUCCCAGCCUGCGCCUAUCCCUCCUCCAACCAGCACGGAGUGUACGGCGGGCCCGGAGGCGGCUAUCUCACUCCCGGCCAUCCCUGGCCCGCUCAGGGCAGUCCCCUGGCCCACCACGGACCCGGUGUGGCCGUGCACGGGGGAGAUCUCGCCGCAGCCAUGGCGUUCAAACAUUCCAGCAGAGAAGUGGCAGAUCGAAAGCCUUCCAGCCCAGUCGGCAAACCCCAAGACACCCUUAAUAGCCUACACGGACUGUCUAUUCCGACUUCGUCUUCAUAGGGAGGAGCAAGUGGCUUCCCGGCGCCUGAGAGAACCGAGAAGAGAUGGGACCUGUGAGAGGGGAGGGAGGCCUGGCUGUGGAGAUCAGGUGGGAAUAGGCACCUGCAAAAAUUGCAAGCGGGUUUUUAAGAGUCCCAGGAGGAUGCUCCGAUGCAGCGGGCAACUUUGGGGAGGGAAGAGGAUUGGAGAGGAAACGAGCUGAGAUCCGUUCCUUUUACCCCCGAGAGAACCUAAGUUAUCCCGCCAGGGUCAAAGCUAAGCUGCCUGGGAAAGGGCUAAGAAAGCAGCAACCCGCUGUCCGCCGAAAGCAUUUGCUUUCCAACGCAUCCUCGCGUAUCUCCGCCCCUCUUUUUCCCAAGUUAAGGAAAGGAAAGGAAAGGGUGAAUUUAUCGCUUUUUCAUUUAUUUCUUGUCCGUUUUCACUUUCUCAUAGUUAACUGGAUUAUUUAACUUCGCCAAACUUUAAAAAAUUCUUUCUGGACUAUCCGUAUUUCCCUUCUACACUGUCUCUCCUCAUUGUCCUGUCUGCAUUUUCUCUUUUUAACCUUCUUUUUCCCGGUUCUCUCUUCAUAUUUUGGUUCUCCUCUUUAUUUUUUUUAUCUGUUUUUCUUUCUGCCUACAUCUUUCUUUUCUUCUUUUACCCUCUUUUGUUUUUGCUGGUAUUUUUUUCCCCUUAAUCUUCUUCCCCAUCCCCGUGUUUUGUCCAGUACUUUCUUUUGCUUAGAGCUGAAAAUAACCUUAGAGAUCAUCUAAUGAUUAGCUUCUAAUCCAAUCCCCUUACUUUAUGGAUGAAGGUACUGAGACCUAGUUUCUACUCUCUUCCAUCUCCCUUUUUGAAUUUCACCUUUCAGUUCUUACUGUUUUUAGCCUUCUCUCCAUAAGUGGAUAAGUACCUAAGUCCAUGGACCUUCCCCACGCAUCCGCCUUAGAAGUGAUCAAUCUAUCUCCUGGAUUCCUAAUCCCUCACCUUCCUUUGGGCUUCCCAGACACCACCCUCUGCCCAAAAUGCUUUCUCAGUCUCACUAUUGGUCAAAGAAUCAGAUCCCCAAGUCUACUACUUCCCUGCUUUCUCCCUCGAAGACCCAGUGCUGCAAGGAGAGCCUGUAUUGCCAGAAGUCCACAAUAGGAACUGUGAUGAUUGCCUCACUGCCUAGGAAAAUGGACAAAAAAUUCACAGCAUUUUAUUUUAUAUUUUUAUAACAUGAAUAAAAAAUCCAAUGAAACUGCUGCUUUUUCAAGCCCUUGGUAUAUUUUCUAGAAAUCCAUGUAUCUUACUGCCUUCCUAGAGAGUUUCCUAUUUCUGCUCCUCAUACAGUAAUUUCACCUGAAAGGAGAUUGGAACAGGGCCCAGGAGAAAAGACAAGAUAUCUUUCCUACCAGAACAUUUUGUAGCUAUAAUAGUUUGAGAGGUUUCUCCUGUCUUGGAAAUGCUACCUUCCCAACUCAGUGAAUCUGACUAAUACUAUAACAUAUCAUUAUUUUGGGUGUUCUGGGGUUCCAUCAUCUGUUAAUUUCAACCACUAACUGCUGCCAACAUUAUGAAUCGUAAAUGUGUGUAAGAACUUCUGGCUUGUGAGUAAACUGGUGGGCAGUAAAACUUGAGAAGGAUUCCUCUAAAGCCGUAAUAGCUAAUAAAAUGUUCAAGUUCAGAAGCUCUUGACCCUUGAUGUAAAACUGCUGUUUAGUAGUUACAAAAAAAAAAUCAGGGUGGAAGUCUGUGAUAUUACCUGUUGAAUAUGACUACCCUUCCAAUAAAGAAAAUUAUCUUCUAGGAAUUAUCCCCCCCCCCCAGCCUGGAGUAAUAGACAGAAUUCUCAACUUCAAGGAUCUAAAAGUAAUUUAUGUUGCCUCCUACUCUGUGUUUUACAAAGUGUCAAUUAAUUAGAGGGGCUUCUCAUUUGCUUUUCAGCAUUUUCUUGAAGUUUAGGCAAGGAAUAGGAAUAGGAAGUGAAACUGGGAUAAAUGUAUUUUUUGACCUGGAGAAGCUCAGGUUAAAAAAAAUGAUUUGUGGGAUCUGGAAACAAAUGACUAAAAUGAGUUUUGAGAAUAAUCUUUGGUUUCAGUUAACUUUUUUCCUCUUACCCCUAACUUACCAGAAAUUUCAGUCUACCACAAAAAGGUUAAUUCUCCCUGGACUAAUUAAUGCCCAGAAUUAUCACUCUUCAGAUGGGAGGAAAAUCAUAUUGGAGGAAUACAAUUUAUUCCUAGACCACAAAUUCCAGGUCAGUCAUGGGAUCAAUUAAUUUGUUAGAAAAGUGUCACUGGUACAUUUCAUUAAACUGUCCUGAAAAUAAUUGAAUGCAAAGAACAUUUGGAUAAAGAGUUGGGAGACUGUUCUAGUUACUGUUCUUUUCCUAACUAGCAGUAUGACUCUGCUACAUUUUUGGGGGCCUGGAUUUCCUGACCUGUAAAAAGAUGGGGUUGGAUUAGAUGGUCUACAAGAGUCUUCUAACCCUAGCAUGUUAAGAUUCUGGGAUUUUAUGAUUUAUACACAUAGGUUGCCUCAUAAUAGAGUUAAUUCUUAGAGGGCUAAAAGAGAAAAAAGGAAAAGCAGCACCUUUCAAGUUUUCUGAAAUAGUAACCAUUCUAGGUAAAAUCUAAAUAAAAUUAUUCCAGGCUACAAAACUUAUCAUGUCCACUAGUGAAUGAGUUGUACUUUGUAUAUGUUUGGUUUUCUGUAAUCAAUGAUUUAAAAUCUCAUGGGAUUAUUAUUAAAUUAUAUGUAUUUCUUUUAAAAGCAAAUAUGUGACUUUGCUUUCCUAGAUGUGUAGCCACAUGUGGUAUCCUGACAAAAUCAAGUGCUAUCUAUAUCUGCUU